CUUCAUCCACAUUAUGAUUUUCUCAAAAAAUCUGUUUAAUAAUCCUGUUAUUUAGUUUCCCUGUCCAAAUAUAACUCUUAUCUCUUGCAAUACUCCACUUUUUCACCAUUACCAAUUAUCGGUAUCAAAAUAAACAUGAACUUAACCAAAUUACUCUCCUUUUUAGCUGUUCUUCUCAUUUCCAUUAUCCCAAAAACAUCAGCCCAAUUCGAAUUCAAGUACAAAUUAUGUGGAGAAAGCGACACAAAUUUCCACACUUACCAAACAAAUCUCAACACAACUCUGAAUUCUAUGUCUUCAGACACUCAAAUCAAGUACGGCUAUUACAACUUCACUUCUGGCAAACAACCCGACAAAGUCGAAGCCAUGGCACUCUGCAGGUCCGAUGUUACUGUGGAUUCGUGCCGGUCAUGUGUCCAGUCCUCGGUUGCUACUCUCCCGACGAUUUGCCCCAAUACAAAAGAUGCAUUUGGUUACUUUGAAGACUGCCUAUUAUAUUACACUAAUUACUCUGCUUUUCAUGUUCUUACCGAUCAGCCACAAUACACGCUUCGUUUUGAUGGAAAUGUUACCAACAUGCCCAACUUUAACAGUACUCUUACUAAAUUGAUGUACCAUUUGAAGAAUCAGGCUUCUUUGGGUGAUUCUGAAACGAAAUUUGCUACAGGAAAGCUUAAUAUUAAUUCCAAUCAGAGUUUGUACGGUCUUGUUCAGUGCAGUCCUGACUUGUCUAUGGUUAAUUGUAGUACGUGUGUUCAAAGGUUGAUUAAUAAUACGUUCUCAAGAUAUUUUAUCUAUGUUAAUAAAAAAGGGUCAUUGUUUAUGGCUGAAGGAGGAAGGGUUGUUGCCCCGAGCUGCAAUAUUCGGUAUGAGCUCUAUCAUUUUUAUGAUAAUGUUACUUAUGUAGCUCAACCACCCACACAGCCACCGCAGUUACCACAGUCAUCGGCUUCCCACACUCAUCAAGAUGUAAAGAGCAGGAAGUCGAAUAAAGCCGCUGUUAUUGUGGCUCCAAUUGUGGGGUCAUUGGUACUUAUCAUCAUCAUCAUAGCUGCCAUAUUCAUUCUACUAAGCAAGAGAAAACAGGGAACAUUUUCAAAAUCAUUUAGCAAAGAAGAAAUGGAAGCUCUUCAGUCCUUGCAAUUUAGUGUUGGGACAAUUAAGGUAGCCACUGAUAACUUUGCUGAUGAAAAUAAGCUUGGAGAAGGUGCAUCCGGAACUGUAUACAAGGGGAAGCUGCCUGAUGGGCAAGAAAUAGCAGUGAAGAGGUUUGAAAGGAAUGCUAUUCUGGGGGAUGCACAGUUCAAAAAUGAAAUUUUGACCCUUGCCAAGCUUCAUCAUAGAAAUCUGGUGAGACUUUUAGGAUUCUGCUUGGAAGAAGAAGAAAUGCUACUUAUAUAUGAAUUCGUGAUCAAUAGAAGCCUCGACAAUUUCCUUUUCGAUCCAAUGCACCGCGCAUCUAUGAACUGGGAAACACGUUAUAAAAUUAUAAAUGGUGUUGCAAGGGGAGUCCUGUACCUUCACGAAGAUUCUAGACUGAGGAUUAUUCAUCGUGAUCUCAAAGCUGCUAAUGUUCUGCUAGAUGCAGAUUUUAAUCCAAAGAUUGCAGAUUUCGGUACAGCAAAGUUGUUUAAGAUCGAUCAAUCACAAGCGGUGACUAGCAAAGUCGUUGGCACCCACGGAUAUAUGCCACCAGAGUAUCUGGCUCAAGGUCAAGUUUCGUUGAAAUCGGAUGUAUUUAGCUUCGGUGUGCUUGUUUUGGAGAUUGUGAGCGGGCAAAGGAUUAGCUCUUUCAGAGCUGCAGAAACUUCAGAUAAUCUGCUAACUUUUGCAUGGAAGAAUUGGGUUGAAGGAAAUGCUUGGAAUCUAGUAGACCUUGUACUACCCUCUGCUUCUAGUGCUGAAAUACUGAGAUGCAUACACAUAGGUUUACUGUGUGUUCAGAACAACAUGGUAGACAGACCUACCAUGUCUUCCGUUUUACUUAUGCUCAGUAGCGUCUCUAUGACUCUCGAUGUGCCUUCGCAACCAGCGUUUUUCACCCAGAAUCCUAAACUUCCGACUACCCCUUCACAAGGGAAUGCUACUGAUCAAUCUAAUAGCUCACCGUACUCAGUUAAUGGGGUUACCAUUACAGAGCUCCAACCUCGAUGAUAAUACGAUGUAUACACUUCGGUUUUAAAGUAUUUCCUCAACCGGCUAACUUUAAAUUCCAUAUAUAGCAAAAAAAAAAAAAAAAAACACACUACAUGUAUGUAUUAUGUACAAAUAGGCUAUUGCUAUAAUAUAAUUGUAAUAUAGUCACAUAAGAUAAAGAAUAUAUAUAAAUGUCACCUUUUAUCAUACAGAUCACAUUUCAACAGGAAUGAAUUGCAUAAAGAAUAAGGAGUGAGCGAAACAUUUAUUGUGUGGAUGGUAUUAAUAGAGAGAAUGUUAGGUUGUGAAUAAAAGAAAAUGAGGACAUGUAGCAAAAGUGAAAAUAGAAAAUAUUGAUAAUUAAAAGAGACAGAGGAAGUACAUUUUUAAUGCCUCUAGUUACGGCAGUACCUGCCAUGCACAUUAGUGAACACAUCCUUAGUAAAAAUGGAAACAAAUACAAAAGACGAUAAGGCCAUUGGACGCAUGACCCAACACUCAACGGGUGGACUAAAAGUCACCGAG